AUGGGCUGGAGGCAGAUUUCAUCGCUACGACGGCCGGGUGGCGUGCUGCGAGUAUUCGCGGUGGCCAGCGUCGUCGUUCGUGUGCGGCCACUCAGUAACGCUGAAAAGGAGAAGCGGCAUUUCCAAUGCGUUUUUCAACUCGACAAACAGCGAUUACUGCUUGUCGAUCCGGAAAAGUAUGAGAACAAUAUACUGCGUCAGAAUCGGCAACACGAGAGGCAGUUCUCGUUCGAUGCGGCAUUUGGACCGAACUCCUCACAGGAAAUCUACAAUGAAGUCAUAAGAGAUCUGCUAAGUCCUUCCGGUGGAGUGCUCGAUUUAAUGGAGGACGAAAAAGGCAAUAUUCGUGUUCCAGGACUCUCCACAGUUCGAGCUCCAAAUCUAACUAGGAUCCGCGUAUGA